UCCACUCGUGGGUUUUUCCCCCCGCUGGUACAUGAAUGCAUCACAGUGGGCAGUGUCUCUGCCUGAAGCAGUGGUUCGCUGUGUUACGUGCCUACCGAAGAGAUAAGUCACCAUGCCUGCAGAUGUGAGUAAGUGGAGCGGCCCCCUGGAGCUGCAGGAGGUCGAUGAGAAGCCAGCUCAACCCCUGACCGUCAAAUACGGCUCUGUGGAAAUAGACGAGCUCGGCAAAGUGCUCACUCCAACGCAGGUGCAGAAUCGACCCACCUGCCUGGAAUGGGAAGGAUGUGACCCCAGUAAGCUAUACACACUGGCUCUGACCGACCCAGACGCCCCCUCCAGGAAGGAACCAAAAUUCAGGGAAUGGCACCAUUUUCUAUUGGUCAACAUGAAGGGUAAUGAUGUGUCCACUGGGUGCGUCAUGUCCGACUACGUGGGCUCUGGACCUCCCAAGGGCUCAGGGCUCCACAGGUACGUGUGGUUGGUUUAUGAACAGUCAGGAAGCCUGUCCUGCACCGAGACGGUCCUCACCAAUCGCUCCGGGGACGGUCGCGGCAAGUUCAAGAUCAAGAAUUUCCGAAAGAAGUACAACCUGGGAACCCCAGUAGCUGGAACGUGCUACCAGGCAGAGUGGGACAACUAUGUCCCCAAACUGUACGAGCAGCUGGCAGGAAAAUAAACGUGCACUAAAUUCUCAACAGUUCAGCACUAGGAAUUUCUGAUGUUGAUUAGAAAAUUCCCAAUUCUCUAAAAUGACAUGUUAAUGAUUAAAUUUUUCUUCUGCUUUUUGCUUUGUUCUCCUAACGAUGAGAACUUUUGUCACGUGUCAAUAAAUCUGUUAAAACGCU